AUGGCUCAGCAUGCACAUGGAGCAGGGUGCGAUGCAAUCCUCGUCGCAGAAUUUCAGAGCAAUAUCCCUGCAGCCCUCACAAACUGCACAAAUCUUAAGACAAUAGAUUUGUCAGGGAACGCCAUAUUUGGUACUCUACCUGCAAGCCUUAAUUUGCUUCAGAAACUCCGAGUCCUGAAGAUUGCACGGAACCAACUGAAUGGUAGUGUCCCACCAUCCAUCGGGAACCUUUCAUUGUUGAGCACGCUUGAUCUUAGCACCAACAACCUAACCGGCACAAUUCCAUAUGAGCUUGGUCAUCUAAGACAGCUCGAGUACCUCCAGCUCUCGAUAAAUAACCUGACAGGCACAAUUCCUGAGACACUUUACAAUCUCUCUUCCCUUUCCUUCUUUGCAAUUGCAAAGAAUGACCUACAUGGGAAGAUACCAAGUGAUGUUGGGUUUCGGCUCCCAAGGCUCCUUGUUUUCCAUAAUUGCUUUAAUAGGUUCACUGGUCCAAUCCCACCAUCUCUCCAUAAUGUGACAGAUAUCCAAAGUAUAAGGAUGUCCAAUAAUCACUUUAGUGGCUCUGUGCCACCGGGACUUAGUGCUCUCCGCAAUCUUGUCAUGUAUAAUAUUGGAUUCAAUCAAAUUGUUGACAACACAAGUAUCCUUGUUGACCUUAUGAACUGCACUAAGCUAGAGUUCAUUGCCUUCGAUGAGAAUCUCAUUGAAGGUAUACUCCCUGAUUCCAUUGGCAACUUGUCAAGUUCUCUCACAAAGCUAUAUGUUGGUGGCAACGAAAUAAGUGGCUACAUACCAGCUUCCAUAGGGCGUUUAUCUGCCCUGACCUUGCUGAAUAUGAGCUACAACCAACUCUCUGGAGGUAUCCCACUAGAGGUUGGGCUAUUGAAAGAGCUGACCAUGCUAGGCCUUGCUGGGAACAAACUGUCAGGUGUAAUUCCUGCUGAAAUUGGGGAUCUUGUAAAACUAACAAAGCUCGAAAUGAACCAUAAUGAGUUGGUUGCUGGAAUCCCUGUAGAGUUUGGUCGCCUCCAACGUGUGCUUUCACUGGACAUAUCAAGCAACAAUCUGAAUGGGAACAUCCCUGCUUCCAUCUUUUUACUCAACAGCCUUAGCUCUCUCCUUAAUCUAUCACAUAAUUCGCUAACCGGUGCACUGGCAGAGAAUAUUGGCCAACUGGAAAAAAUUGCUGCAAUUGACCUAUCCUAUAAUUUCCUCAACGGAAGUAUCCCGGCGUCAAUCGGGAAAUGCCAGAGUCUUCAGAGUCUAUCCUUGAGCAGAAAUUCUUUGUCAGGUGUGAUCCCUGACACUAUUGGGAAUCUGAAAGCCUUGCAAACCUUGGACCUGUCUAGCAAUCAGUUAUCCGGUGUCAUACCUGCAACAUUGGUGAAGAUGCAAGCCCUUAGGCUUCUAAACCUCUCAAUGAAUGACCUCGACGGACUGGUGCCAAACGAUGGAAUCUUCAAGGAACACUCUAUUGUUUACCUUGAUGGCAACCCGGAAUUAUGCUACUCAAACAUGACAUGCUACUACAUCCAUUCCUCCCGUCAUCGAAAGAUGUCCAUUGCAAUUGCAGUUGGUGCAGCAGCAAUGGCAACAAUUACCAUCCUUGUUGGGAUCAGCCUGUUAUUUUUGCCAAGCAAAUGGUUAAGAAACAGGAAGGCUAAAAUACUAGACAGCUUCAUGAAGAGGAGCCACCCACUUGUUUCAUAUGAAGAGCUAAGCCAGGUGACUGGCUCCUUUGACAAUAUAAACCUCAUCGGCACAGGUGGCUUUGGUUCAGUGUACAAGGCUAUGUUGCGCGAUGGAACGGCUGUUGCCAUCAAAGUGUUUGAUCUGCAUAAGAUUGGGGCGCUCAAGAGCUGGGUCGCCGAGUGCGAGGCCCUUAGGAAUGUUCGGCACCGUAACUUAGUAAAGCUAGUCACCAUGUGUGCGAGUAUGGAUUUUUCUGGCAAUGAGUUCCGAGCACUGGUUUAUGAGCUAAUGAGCAAUGGAAGUGUCGAGGACUUGAUCCACAAUGGCAGGCAGGGUGAGAACGUCCCAAGGGUGAACGCUGAUAUGAUACUUAGCAUUGCCAUUGAUGUUGCGACUGCACUAGAUUAUCUGCACAAUGAUUGUGGGGAGCAGAUAGUGCACUGUGAUAUCAAACCCAGCAAUGUGCUUCUCGAUACAGACAUGACAGCAAAGGUUGGAGACUUUGGGUUGGCUCGAUUGUUGUCUCCAACACCAGCUGGACAAGAUGUUUCCAGUACCCAUGGGCUUAAGGGCUCCAUUGGAUAUAUUCCACCAGAAUAUGGUUAUGGGAGUAAACCAUCAUCAAAAGGAGAUGUCUACAGCUACGGCGUGAUGCUUCUCGCGAUGAUCACUGGAAAGCGACCUACUGAUCCGCAGUUUGGAGGGGAUAUGAAUCUUGAGAAAUGGGUGCGAGAUGGAUUCCCGCAUCGAGCUCAUGAACUAAUUGAUGAGCGCCUUAGGGGAACAACCCAGCAGCAGCAGCAGCAGCAGCAGCAGCAGUUGACGCGUAAUAACAUAAUACUUCCUGUCAUGGAGAUCGCAUUGUCUUGUGCUAUGGAGUCCCCAGAUGAACGCAGCACCAUGCACGAUGUCCUCUGUAGGCUCAAGCGAAUCAGGGAGGUUUUCUUGAAGAAUCACAGCUUUUAGCCUGAUGACCGAAGAAGUUUGAAGCCACCUAGCUCUUAGUGGUAGACUGGUACUAUUAUGUUUGUUUGGAUGGUAUUAUAUUUUUCCUAGAAGGGGUGAGAGCUGAUACACUAGACCAAUUAAACUUAUUUUUUUUCAUGCAUACGUGGACAUGGCAAGUACAAUAGCG